GCUCUCUCUCGCCCGGGAGGCGGCGGUGCCGAAGCGCGAUCGGGAGGCAGAGGAGAGGCAGAGGCGAGGCGGUCGCGAGCACGAGUGGGGUGGGGCGUGCCCGCGGGCCCCCCGCCCCCUGGGCCCUCCGCGCAGCUCGGGAGCCGCAGCCGGGAGGCCGGCUGGGGACACGCCGCCCCCCUCCCCCGUGCGUUCUUCGGCCCCCCCAGGCCUUCCAGGACGCGGGGAGCAGGGCCCCGGGGGACAGGGACGCCCCUGCAGCAGGAGCCGUCGGUGGGGCGGCCCAGAGGAGGCCAGCAGCCCCGCCGGACCAGGCACAGGGCCUGGGACGCAGUUGCGAGCGCAGAGGGCUGGCUGGGCGCCGCAGGAGCAGCAGGCGGGGCCCCGCCUCCGGGGGACAGGCCCUGCGCUGACCGGGAAGAAGGACAGACCAGCCGGGGAGAGACUGGACCGAGAGCAGGGGCGGCUGCCUCACUCCCUGCGCUGGGCCGAGGGCUCCAAGGAAUUGAGAGCAACGUUUGUCGUAAGAAAGACACUUGCUGUCCGAGCAGCACCAGCACCGUCACCUGAGACAGCGCCAGGAGCCUGGAACCCUCCCACACUCAUGUAACUGAGGCCGCUGGGCCUCCUGGAGGCCAGGCAGCAAGGACGGAGGCCACACAGGCCUCGCUGCUUCCCUGGGGAGAGGGGACGUCCCCCGCCUGCUCCUCGGCCCAGGCCCAGGCGCUGGGCCGGUCACCGCGGGGUCCUGGCCCCCGAGGCGGCAGCGGCCAUGUCCCGGCCAGGCCAGGGCGUCAUGAUGCAGGUGAACGGGCUGGGCUUCCCGCCGCAGAACGUGGCCCGCGUGGUGGUGUGGGAGUGGCUGAAUGAGCACAACCGCUGGCGGCCCUACUCGGCCACCGUGUGCCACCACAUCGAGAACGUGCUGAAGGAGGACGCCCGCGGCUCCGUGGUCCUGGGGCAGGUGGAUGCCCAGCUGGUGCCCUACAUCAUCGACCUGCAGUCCAUGCACCAGUUUCGCCAGGACACAGGCACCAUGCGGCCCGUGCGGCGCAACUUCUACGACCCCUCGUCGGCGCCGGGCAAGGGCAUCGUGUGGGAGUGGGAGAACGACGGCGGCGCCUGGACGGCCUACGACAUGGACAUCUGCAUCACCAUCCAGAACGCCUACGAGAAGCAGCACCCCUGGCUCGACCUCUCGUCGCUCGGCUUCUGCUACCUCAUCUACUUCAACAGCAUGUCGCAGAUGAACCGCCAGACGCGCAGGCGCCGCCGGCUGCGCCGCCGCCUGGACCUCGCCUACCCGCUCACCGUGGGCUCCAUCCCCAAGUCGCAGUCGUGGCCCGUGGGCGCCAGCUCGGGCCAGCCCUGCUCCUGCCAGCAGUGCCCUGCUGGGUCAACAGCACGCGCGCCGCCCUCCAACGCCAUUCUUGGGCCUCGCAGCGCCCGCAAGGCCGCCCCCCGGCCGCCUUUCGUCGGCCGGCGUUGCCCCCCGGGGGGCCCCCCGGUCCCCGCGCUCCCGGUGAAGAACUUGAAUGGGACCGGCCCAGUCCACCCGGCCCUGGCAGGGAUGACCGGGAUCCUGCUUUGCGCCGCCGGGCUGCCCGUGUGCCUGACCCGGGCACCCAAACCUAUCCUGCACCCGCCGCCGGUGAGCAAGAGCGACGUGAAGCCCGUGCCCGGUGUGCCUGGGGUGUGCCGCAAGACCAAGAAGAAGCACCUCAAGAAAAGUAAGAACCCUGAAGAUGUGGUUCGAAGGUACAUGCAGAAGGUGAAGAACCCACCUGAUGAGGACUGCACCAUCUGCAUGGAGCGGCUGGUCACGGCGUCCGGCUACGAGGGCGUGCUGCGGCGCAAGGGUGUGCGGCCGGAGCUGGUGGGCCGCCUGGGCCGCUGCGGCCACAUGUACCACCUGCUGUGCCUGGUGGCCAUGUACUCCAACGGCAACAAGGACGGCAGCCUGCAGUGCCCCACCUGCAAGGCCAUCUACGGGGAGAAGACGGGCACGCAGCCCCCCGGGAAGAUGGAGUUCCACCUCAUCCCCCACUCGCUGCCUGGCUUCGCGGACACCCAGACCAUCCGCAUUGUCUAUGACAUCCCCACAGGCAUCCAGGGCCCUGAGCACCCCAACCCAGGCAAGAAGUUCACCGCCAGAGGCUUCCCGCGCCACUGCUAUCUGCCCAACAACGAGAAGGGCCGGAAGGUGUUGCGACUGCUCAUCACCGCCUGGGAGCGGAGGCUCAUCUUCACCAUCGGCACGUCCAACACCACGGGCGAGUCGGACACCGUGGUGUGGAACGAGAUCCACCACAAGACCGAGUUUGGAUCCAACCUCACGGGCCACGGCUACCCGGACGCGAGCUACCUAGACAACGUGCUGGCCGAGCUCACCGCCCAGGGCGUGUCGGAGGCCACGGCCAAAGCCUGAGGCCCCAGGCUGCCCACCGUCCCUCCUGCUUGGCCCCUGGCCCAGCACAGGCCUCCCUCCACCAGGUCUGUCCUCCUGGUGGCCCAGGUUCAGGGCUGGGGAGGAGCCUGUGGAAGAAGCCAGAAGCGCUCUGGACAUUUGGCUGGUGGCCACUGGGAAUGAUGGGAAGACGGCAGGCCGGCCAGCUCCGACUCUGGGAGGGUCGCAGGGAGAGCACCAGAGACCACAGCGACCUCCCUCCCACCCCUCACACUAACAGUGUCCUGUUGAACACAUGCACGCACACCCACGUGCCUCUACUUGCCCCCAGUCUGGGGGGGAAGAGACAGAAGACCCCUGUGACACUCCAUGUGGAUCCCGUGUGUGUCUGUCACCUCCGUUCGUACAAGCUUGUCUGCCAGCAGGAGGAUUCAGGACAAGCACGUAGGGACCUGCUGGGGCUCCUGGGGGAGACGGGGACCCUUGGGGAGCUCCGCUGACCCCGUCUGUGUCACCAUCUCUGCCCUGAGCAGUUCUGCAAAGGGGCCGGCCAGAGAGAGGGGGCCUAGAGGUAUCAUUUGUGCUCCUGUCUCCUCACCCUCUGGGACCCUGACCUCCUCCUCCUCCUCCUCCCCUCCCAUCCCCAGGCCUAUGUCUGUCCCGGAUAAAGGCGCUGUUCUCCUUUCCUCCCACCCCAUCCUCUCCACCAAGUCGUUCGUUUCCAAUGUCGAGACCCAAAGGCCGGGGCUUCUGGCUUCGGGAGCGAGGCGAGGAGGCCUGGCUUAAGCCAGUGGGUCUGAAAAAGCAGACUGGAGAGCAGAGCGUCCAUUUCCCUCACUUGGAAGUGGGCAGUGGGGUGGCUGAUGGUCUCCACCAACCAGGGGCCUGUUGCCCAGGCAACUCACCAGCUCCGCCUCUGUUGAUUGGCUGCCACGGUGGAAGUCAGCCAAGAAUUAAAGGGACGCCAGUGAUCGCUCUUUUGAAAACCUACCAGUCCCACUGUGGGUGGAGAAAUAAACGGUCUUUCUCCUCCUC